UCGCUGCUGUGCAGACCUUUAAGUCACAGGCGAUCCGAUGUCAGACGAGAGUAAAAGUGGACAGAUCAACUUUGAAAGCUCCUCACUUCCGGGUACGGAGGAGAAACCUGUCUGUGUGUGGGCCGGGUCAAGAGACUCCAGGGGUGGGUCUCCGUCAGUAACCUGGCAGCUAGAUUUCUGUCCUCAGCACCUUGGAGGCUGGCGGUUGUCGUCGGUAGACAGAAACACGUGUGUCCGCUCAGCCAAACGGCCGCCAACAUGGCAGAGGAGGCGAAGAAACUGGCCGCAUACACCGCUGUGAAUAACCACGUCCAGAACAACCAGGUAGUCGGAGUCGGCAGUGGCUCAACCAUCGUCUAUGCUGUGGACAGAUUAGCGGAGAGAGUGCGUCAGGAGAAACUCAACAUUGUGUGUGUGCCCACCUCCUUCCAGGCGCGUCAGCUGAUUCUGCAGCAUGGCCUCACGCUGUCAGAUCUGGACAGACACCCAGAGCUGGAUGUGGCAAUUGACGGAGCGGAUGAAGUGGAUGCAGACCUGACUUUGAUCAAAGGUGGAGGCGGCUGCCUGACUCAGGAGAAGAUCGUAGCUGGCUGUGCCAAACACUUUGUCGUCAUUGCCGACUACAGGAAGGACUCCAAAGCUCUAGGCCAGCAGUGGAAGAAGGGAGUUCCCAUUGAGGUGAUCCCCAUGGCGUAUGUUCCCAUCUCCAGGGCGAUAGCCAGACGCUUCGGGGGAGAGGUCAACUUACGGAUGGCUGUCAGCAAAGCUGGCCCUGUGGUCACUGACAACAGCAACUUUAUCCUGGACUGGAAGUUUGAGCACACUCUGAACUGGGAGGAGGUCAACACAGCAAUCAAGAUGAUCCCAGGUGUGGUGGAGACGGGGCUUUUUGUCAACAUGGCUGACAGGGCCUACUUCGGGAACGAGGAUGGAAGCGUGGAGGGUCGCGCCUGCUUCAGGAACGUGGGUGGAAGCAGGUUCGCGACCCCCCCAAUCAACUGAGUGUGCGCUGCCGUCACUGUCCUCCCGCGUAUCAAAUGACCUCACUUCUCCCGCAAGUGCCACGUAGAUGGUUUAUACCUGGCCUUUGUUUGGACAGAGCUGGACAAAACUAGCAGAGAAGAUUUCACACAUCUCAAAACCAGAUACAAAUUCAGGGUCCCCUGAUUUUUCUCAUCCUGCAGUUAGUGCUUCUCAUUCUGAGUUUUAAAAAGUGCCUGAUGAGUAAAAUGAAGUGCAUCUUG